ACGUACACGCUGCUCUGUUUAUGUUUACAAAAUCAUCGUAUCUUGAGAUGGCUGGGGCUUGAAAACCGACCAUUGUCAAGAAUGGCUAAUCCUCAAUCUACCGCACAAGCAGCUUCAUCCUUUGAGAAGGGACGUAUACAAGCUUUACAAGAGGAACGCAUCAAGAUACAAAAGAAGACAUUCACCAAGUGGGUCAACUCAUUCUUAGAGAAGGCAAGUCUCCGUGUGAAAGAUCUCUUUGUUGAUUUGGAAGAUGGCAAAGUUCUCCUCAAACUACUGGAGAUCAUCUCCGGUGAGAAGCUGGGUCGACCGAAUAAAGGAACUCUCAGGGUCCAGAAGAUGGAGAAUGUCGGCAAAGCUCUCGUAUUCCUUGCUACAAAAGUACGCCUUGAGAGUAUUGGAGCUGAGGAUAUCGUAGAUGGUAAUCCUAGAUUGACUCUGGGUCUCAUGUGGACAAUCAUUCUACGCUUCCAGAUUCAAGACAUCAAAAUAGAGGAUGAAGGAAGCACAGAAACUCGAUCUGCAAAGGAAGCCUUACUGCUUUGGUGUCAAAGAAAAACAGCUGGGUAUCCAGGUGUCACUAUUAAGAAUUUCACCAGCAGCUGGAGGAAUGGUUUAGCCUUCAGUGCACUCAUUCAUGUUCAUCGACCAGAGUUGAUUCCAUUUGAGAAGCUGAGUUCGAGAAGUAAUGAAGACAAUCUGAAUAUGGCAUUCUCUGUGGCUAAGGGGACAUUGGGAAUUUCGGAUCUACUGGACGCUGAAGAUGUUGAUGUUGAGAAACCUGAUGAGAAAUCCAUCAUGACUUAUGUGGCUUCUUAUUAUCACUACUUUGCUAAGAUGAAGUCAGAGAAGACUGGAGGCAAGAGAAUAGCCAAGAUUGUGAGUCAGUUGAUGGAUGUUGAUAAGAUGCAGCAUGAUUAUGAACACAUGGUAUCUGACCUUCUACAUUGGAUUCAAGCCAAGAUACAAGAACUAUCAGACCACAACUUCCCUAACUCCUUAGAAGGAAUACAAGCACUGAUGCAGACGUUUAAACAAUACAGAACGGUUGAAAAACCACCCAAGUAUGCAGAGCGAGCCAAUAUAGAAGUUGCUAUCUUUAACCUUCUGGCUCUGAUACGUUCAUGUCAUAUGAGACCCUACACACCACCAGAAGGCCAUCUUGUUAGUGAUGUAGAGAAAACUUGGAGUAAAUUAGAGAAAGCAGAACAUGAUCGAGGAAUCGCACUGAGGAAAGAACUCAUACGACAAGAGAGGCUGGAAAGAUUAGCAGAAAAGUUUACCAGAAAGGCAUUAUUACGUGAGUCUUGGCUUGCUGAUAUGACCAGUGUACUAAAGGAGAGUGUCAUACCAAGUAAUAAUAUAUUUGCUGUUGAAGCAGCUACUAAGAGACAUGAAGCUAUAACAGCAGAUGUCAUGGCUAGGAAAGAUCGUUUUGAAGAUCUGAGUCGGAUGGCUAAGGAGUUGAUUGCUGAGACUCAUUACACAUCUCAAGGUGUUGGUCAGAAGGAACGUCAGAUAUCUCGUGAUUGGCAGAAGUUAAUUGAUCUGUUAGCCAAGAGGCAACAGGUGCUGCAUGGGUUCACUGACCUCAUGGGCAUGUUUAGAGAGAUUGAGAGUGUCAUGGCAGAAAUGAAGGAAAUUCAGGUUGGUCUCCAGUCUGAUGAUUGUGGGAAACAUCUCCUUGGAGUUGAAGAUCUUCUACAGCGACAUGCUCUAACAGAAACACAGAUUAACUCCCAGGGUUACAGAGUCAAUCAAGUCAAUCAGAAAGCUGAUAUAUACCUGACCCAGAACCAUUCAGAAAGUGAUACUAUCAAGAAAAGGGUGGCUCUAGUCAAUGUGGCUUAUGAUCAAAUCAGCACCGUGAGUACAAGAAGGAAAUCCAAACUGGAAGAAUCCCUCAAGUUCUUUGAGUUCCUUAGAGACAGUGAAGAAGAAGAAUCUUGGCUGAUGGAGAAGCAGAGAAUCGCUAAAUCUAUGGUGACUGGACGGGACCUGAGAAGUGUGAUUAGUACGCAGCAGAAACAUGCAGCCCUAGAGCUUGAGAUAGGUGCCAGACAACAAACUAUUGAAGGAGUAAUGCAGACUGGUGAGGAGCUAGCAAGAGCUGGUCACCGUAGCAACAAUAUCAUCUUAGCACAGAUUGAUGAGCUACAAGAAAAAUGGUCCAGAUUGAAUGAGUUUGCCGAAGCUCGUAGAUAUCGUCUGGAAGAGGCUUCUCAAUCACAUCAGUAUUACAUUGAUGCAAAUGAAGCUGAGUCUUGGAUGAGAGAGAAGAUGCCAUUAGUAUGUAGUGAUGACUACGGUAAAGAUCCAGAGUCUGCUAAGAUGCUACUACAGAAACAUCUUAUAUUGAUGGAGAGUAUCCAUGCAUAUGAAGAUGAUAUUCACAAACUCUCUCAACAAUCUAAGGACAUGGUGGACGCUAAUAAGAAUAAUCAGUUUUCAGCAAUGAAUUCUCCAGAACCGGAACCAUCCCCUAGGGAAGAGGACGAGUAUUUUACAGAGCUUGUAGAUGUUCCUUAUGAAGUACAAGAAGAAGAAAUAGUUGAGAAAGAGGUUGUAAAGGAGACGAUCGAGGAAAAGCAAUAUCCCCAGGUGAAGGCUUCUUAUGCAUACUCUGGUCAAGGACUGACGGUAGCUAAAGGAGAGAUCAUGAUUCUUGUUGAGAAAACCAAUGCUGAUUGGUGGAGCAUCCGUAAAUCAUCAGGUGAUGAAGGCUUCGUACCGGCUAAUUAUGUCAAGGAAACCCAACCAAGGAUUGUUAAGAAGAAAGUACAGAAACGAGUCAAGGUACCAGAGAAGGUGAAAGUGAAGAAGACAAAGACGAGACGAGAGAUGGUUCGGACUAAGAAAGUGAGGGGUAAAGGAGCGUCGUUGUCUAGAAGCUCAAGUUUAAGACGAAGUAACCACUUUGACAAGGAGAACAUUGAGUUAAGACAGCAAGGUAUUGAUGGCACGUACAAACGUCUUCAGAAACUGGCCGUAGCUCGGAGACGCUAUCUUGAAGAUGCCAUCAAGUUGUUCUCAUUUUACAGAGAAUGUGAUGAAUUUGAAGUAUGGAUCAAAGAGAAGGAAAAAAUCCUCAAGAAACGAGAGACGUUAUCUGAGCGAGUCGAGGCUUCAAGACGCAAGUUUGAGAAUCUCUUGACUGACCUUGUUGCGAAUCAAGGACGUAUUGACCGGAUCAAUAAGAUGGCAGAUGAGUUUGUACGGACUGGACACAGCAAGCAAGCUGAUGUAAGAAAGAGACAGAAAGAGAUUAAUGACCAGUGGGAGAGAUUGAUGAAACUUAAAGAGGAAAAGGAGAAGAUGCUCGAAGGAGCUUCAAGCAUUGAAUUGUACAACCAUUCUUGGGGUGAAUGCAAGGAGUGGAUAAUGGAUAAGUUCCAUGCCCUGUCUUCUUAUGAUCCUGGUAAAGACACACAGUCUGUGCAAGACCUUCAACGCAAACAUGAAAACCUACAGAGAGAAUUAGCACCAGUCCAGGAGAAACUCAGGAAACUUGGGCUGCUCGCAAAAGCGGUGAAAACCUCCUAUCCAAAUGAAGGUGAUCAUAUUGACCAACGACAGAACGAGAUCAGGGAAUUAUGGGAUACCUUAGAAGCUAAAGCAGCAGAGAGACGAGCCCAGUUGGAACAGAGUCGGGAUAUCAGUCGAUUCCAUCAUGAGACCAAGGAAUUGACGAUAUGGUGUAAUGAGGUUCGAGGCAUGUUGCUGGAUACAGAGCUAGCAAGAGACGUCAUUGGUUCUGAGAAUCUACUCAAACAACACCAAGAUUUACUGGAGGAUAUUAGAAGCCACGAUGAGAUAUUUGCUACCUUAGAGAAGCUUGGUAAGCAGUUACUGAGGGCACUACCGGACUCUCUGACUAUUAAGCAUAAACUCAAGACGAUGACUAAAGCAAAGCUUGAUAUACAAGCUGACUGGGAUAAAAGGAAUCAACAACUACGAGAUGCAUUGGAUCUUGCGCUGUUUAAUAGAGAAGCUGAUCAGAUAGAUGCAACUACUAGUGGCCAUGAAACCUUCUUGGAGUUUGCUGACCUGGGGGGUACUCUACAGAUUGUAUACGCUUUGAUCAAGAGGCAAGAUGACUUUGAGAAUACUCUUUCUGUACAAGAUGAACGGCUACAAGGAUUGAAUGAAAUCAAUGCUAAGCUUCUAUAUAACAAUCACUACGCAAAGAAAACUAUUUCUGACCGAUGCGAGGAAGUAGUGACACGUAGACUCAAGGUGAAAGAAAACAGCGCUCUUCGCAAACACAAAUUAGUUCAGUCUAAAGACUUCCUGGAAUUCCAUCAAGAUGCAGAUGAGUUAUCAGUAUGGAUAUCUGAGAAGCAUGAGAUAGCCUGUGAUGACUCCUACAGAGAGUUGACUAAUCUACAGGGCAAAGUCAAGAAACAUGAAGCAUUUGAAGCUGAACUUAAAGCGAAUAAAGACAGCUUGGAUAAACUCCAUCAGAAUGGUCAAGAACUGAUCCAGAAAGAUAACUUCAAAUCGCCGGCCAUCGAAGAGACUUUAUCCACUUUGAAUGAUCGUUGGUACGACCUCAAUAAUCGAUCAUCAGACAAAGGCAUCAAGCUACGACAAGCAACUCAGCAACAGAUGUUAAAUAGAGCCUUAGAAGACGCAGCAAGUUGUAUCAAUGAGAUGGAGAUGGCUUUAUCAUCUCAAGAUGUUGGGCAGGACUUACGCAGUGUCAAGGGAUUGAAUAAAAAACAACAGUUACUAGAGAGUGAUAUGGCAGUACAAGCAGACAAGAUUACCCAGAUAGUAGAGCAGGCUCACAGUCUAACGGAAGAAGGUCACUUUGAUGCAGAGAGAAUCGCUAUAGAAACUGCUGCUAUAACGGAAAGAUUUGCCAAGCUCGGUGAACCCUCUGAGAAACGUCGUGCCAUCUUAGCUGAUUCCCUCAAGCUUCAAGUGUUUCUGCAUGAUGUGAAUAAUGAGAUGCAGUGGAUGAAGGAACAUUUGCCCUCUGCUAGCUCCACUGAUUAUGGCAAGACAUUUACUGCAUGUCAGAGCCAUCUGCAGAAACACAAGAAACUGCGAGUCGAGCUUACCGGUCACCAACCUAUGAUAGAUAAAGUGAUUGAAUCUGGAGAAGCGUUGAUCGCUGGCAGCCACUUUGCAUCCGUUACUAUCAGAGAGAAUUGCCAAGAGUUAUCUCUGACGUGGACUCAGUUAUUAGAUGCUAUGGAUGAGAGAGAAGAACGAUUGAAUACAGCAUUUGAAGCUCAACAGUAUUUUGCUGAAGCUAAUGAAGUAGAGAGUUGGAUCAGUGAGAAGCAGAGUCUAGCGAGCGACACAGACUAUGGUAACAGUCAUGAUGCAACGGACAAACUACUUACAAGAAAUAAGGUGCUGAAGUUGGAUGUAGAGAACUACCAGAGUGUUGUGACUGACUUGGGUAAUAAAGCAGACGCAAUGAUCAAGAAGAAUAACCCUCAAGCUGCUGAGUUAUCUACCAGACAGGAGACUCUGCAAACCCAUCUGAAGCGUCUUGAAAAUGAUGUUGUAGAAAGAAGUAAUGAGUUGGAGAGAGCUAAGCUACUUCAUGAGUAUGUUAAAGAAAGUGAUGAUAUCGGAGAAUGGAUUGAAGCUCAUUAUCAGAUAGCAAGCUCAGAAGACUUUGGAGAAGACUAUGAACACCAAGAGAGACUGAAGAAUAAGUAUGAUGAGUUUCGUCGUCGAGUCGAUGGAGGGAUGGAUAAAUUUAAUCGCUGUGAGGAACAAGCUCAACGGUUAAUUCAAGAUGAUCAUCCGCUAGCUCAGAUCGUUCAAGAGAAACAAGACAGUCUCAAACAAGCUCUGGAGAUGCUUCAAGCACAGAUCUCAGUCAGAAAUCAGAAGUUGGAAGCAGCUGGCAAGAUCCACAAGUUCAACAGCGACAUUGAUGAUUCUAUGUCUAGGAUACAGGAAAAGUACAAUGCCAUGCCUGAGGAUUUGGGUAAAGAUAUCAACUCUGUUCAGUCCCUGAUUCGUAAACAUGAGAUAUUUGAGAAUGAUCUACUAGCAAUGGAGGGUCAGCUUCAGAGUUUAGUCAAUGAAGCUACGAGUCUUCAGGAAAAAUAUCCAGGAGGGAAUGCCGAGCAGAUAAAUGAUCAGCAACAUGUUCUAGUGACCAACUGGAACACAUUACAAGAACAUGCCACACAGAGACGUCAGUUACUACAAGCUGCUAAUGAUUAUCAACGAUUAAUGGCAACAUGUCGAGAUCUGAUUAAUUGGACCAAUGAGAUGACAACUGAAAUGAUGACUGAUGUACCAAUCCGUGAUGUAGCUACAGCCUCAGCAGCACUGAGUCAACAUAUGCAAUACCAUGCAGAGAUAGGAACUAGGGAAGAUAACUUCUCAUCAUUAGUAGAGGCUGGACAGAUGCUCAUACAACAUCAACAUUAUGCAAGUGAUGAGAUCCAGGAAAAACUUGAUUCUGCUCUUCAAGCGAGAGAGCAACUUCAUACAAGCUGGCAAUCUAAGAAGGAACAUCUGGAGCAGGUUGCUGAACAGCAAGCUCUUCUUAGAGAUGCCAAACAGUUAGAAACAAUCAGCAGUCAACAAGAGGUUUAUUUGACCAGUGCUGUUAUGAGUGCAACAGUGGAAGAGAUGGAUGUAUUAAUCAAGAAACAUGAAGACUUUGAAAAGUUACUGGCUACUCAAGAGGAAAAGGGUACAGUGUUGGAAGAAUUUGGACAUAAACUCAUCUCCCAAGAUCAUUUUGAUUCUCCAGCCCUGAGGACCAAGAUGAAUGAAGUAUUGCAAAGACGUUCUAAGAUUAAAGCGAGCUGUGAUGAAAGGAAACAGAGUUUGGCUAUUUCUAAAAUGUAUGCACAAUUUAAAAGAGAUAUCAGAGAGGCUGAUUCUUGGAUUGAUGAGAAACAGAAGACCCUUGGGGAUGAUCGGAACUCUCUACAAGACAUGAAGAAUCUACAAGAAAAGAUGAAGAAACUGCAGAAACAUCAAGCAUUCGAAGCUGAGCUUGUUGCUAAUGAGAAACUCAUUGCUGAAGUCAAACAGGCUGGUAAUUCUCUAGUGAAGGAACACCAUCCAGACUCUGAUAACAUCCAAGCUGAAGUGCAGGAGUUAUUGGAGCAUUGGAAUGCAUUGCGUCAAGCAUCAGCAAGACGGAGUCAACAGUUAGAUGAAGUCAAGAAUCUAUUAGAGUUCAAUCGACAAGCUGAUAAGGUGGAAAGCUGGAUCAAAGAAAAGGAAUUGAUGGUUCUUGCCAGUGACAUUGGGAGAGAUUAUGAACAUUGCUGUGAACUACAGAAGAAAUUGGACGAUCUUGGAGCAGACAUGUCCGUGGAUGACUCAGUUGUGAAUGAAAUCAACAAAGUGGGUAAGAAACUUGUUGAAGAGUCACUGGGAGACAGUGGAGUCAUUGAAGAGAGACGAGCAAGUAUCGUCAUGAGUUGGCAAGAGAUGCAAGAAGGUCUUGCUAACUACCGUGCUAAGCUGGCAGGUUCUCUAGAGGUUCAUGCCUUCAAUAGAGAUGUGGAUGAAAUAAAAGAACGCAUUGUGGAAAAGACCAAUGCUAUGUCCAGUGAUGAACUAGGGAAGGAUCUUGUAGGAGUUGAGAGUCUACAAAGACGUCAUCAAGAUUUGGUUCAAGAUCUCACAGCAAUUGAAGAUAAACUCAAUGAUACUUAUGCCGAAGCCAAGACUCUCUUAGUUUCCCAACCCAUCAAUGCAGAUAGCAUCCAAGCCAAGCAACAAGAAGCUACAGAGAAAUGGGAAGCUCUUUGUAAUCUAACUGAAGUACGCAAAGCAAGGCUAGAAGAAGCUUAUAAUCUGCAGAAAUUCAAUAAAGACUUCAGAGAAAUGGAUAAUUGGGUGAGUGAUAUUGUGGCAAGGAUGACGUCUGGUGACUUGGCUAAGAGUGUUCCAGAAGCUGAGAAUAUGUGUGAGCUUCACAAAGAACGAAAGGUUGAGAUAGAUGGGCGAGACAGUACAUUCAGAUACUUGAAGAAGUUUGGAGAUAGACUUAUUGAACAAGGCAAUCAUGCAAGGGAAGAUAUUCAGACGCCUUUGAUUCGACUUGAGGAUCUGAAACAACAUGUCAAUAGUGUAUGGACAGAGAGGAAAGAACUACUGGCUCAAUGUUUAGAUUUACAGGUAUUCAACGACUAUGUAGACCAAGCAGAGACAUGGCUCACAUCUAAAGAUGCUAUCCUGCAUAAUGAAGACAUUGGAGAUUCCUUGACGAGUGCCGAUACUCUGGUCAAGAAACAUGAAGGAUUUGAGAAGACGUUGCAAACUCAAGCAGAGAAAAUAGAGGAGUUACAAAACUUUGCCUCUGAGCUGAUACAAGGAAGUCAUUAUGACGUGGAGAAUAUCAAUAAAAGAUCUCAAGCUGUGCUGGAAAGACGAGACAAACUGUGGUCCCAAGCCAAUACAAGACAUCGUAAGCUCGUUGAAUCGAAGCAACUUCACCAGUUCCUUCAGAAUGUUUACGAGGUGAUGUCAUGGAUCGAAGAGAAACUUCAGAUAUCUCAAGAUGAAUCUUACAAGGAUCCUUGUAACCUCCAGGGAAAAAUACAAAAACAUCAAGCAUUUGAAGCUGAACUUAUGGCUAAUAAAGACAGGAUAGAUGCCAUCACAAAGGAAGGAAGAGACUUAGUGACUGCAAAUCACUUUGCAUCCAAUGAGGUCCAGGAUAAGUUGACUGACAUGGAGGCAAAAUGGCAGCAACUCAUGGAUACAUCAACCAAGAAGAGAGAUAAACUCAAUCAUGCAUAUCAGGCUUUAGUAUUCCAGCGCUCUUUAGAUGACCUUACUACCUGGUUGACUGAAAUAGAAACGCAACUUGCUUCAAAAGAUCUUGGCAAAGAUCUUAGUAGUGUCAACAAACUCCUCAAGAAACAUACUGUGCUUGAGUCUCAGAUGACUGCUCAUGAUGCCAAAGUCUCCGAGGCCAAGAUAAUGGCAGAAUCAUUCCAAGAAGCAAAACAUUUCUUGAGUGAAGAACUGACUCAGAAAACUCAGCAGAUUGUACAGAGGUUCGAUGCUUUGAGGGAGCCGAUGCAUGUAAGAAGAGACAGCUUAGAAGACGCUCUACUUCUUUAUCAAUUCCAUCGAGACUUUGAUGAUGAGAUAUCAUGGAUUAGAGAGAAGGAAUUGAUGGUAACGUCUUGUGAAUUAGGAAGUAGUCUUCAUGCAGUGCAGAGACUCUACAAGAAACAUCAGGCUUUGGAGUCUGAGCUGACUGCACAUGAACCACUUAUAAACGCAGUCAUCAACUCAGCCCAAGGAUUGAUCCAAGGAGAGCAUUAUGCAUUAACGGACAUCAAUCAAGAACUGACACAGCUACAAACUCUAUGGUAUCAACUCAAAGAGAAAACUGAAGAUAGAAAGAUUAAAUUACUGGAUGCACUGGAAUCACAAACGUUUUACUCUGAGGUUGUUGAAGCAGAAUCUUGGAUGAAAGAGAAGCAGCGAUUAUUAUCGGGAUCGGACUACGGGAAAGAUGAAGAUUCAGUCAUGUCAUUAAUCAAGAAACUUGAUGCUCUGGAUUUAGACGUAGAGAACUUCCACAAGACAAUUGAUUCUUUGGCUGGGUUGAGUAAUGGACUCAUAGAGAGACAACAUUUUGACAGCGCAGAUAUUAAAAGGAGACAGGCUGAGGUUGAAUCGUUGUAUCAAGAGUGUUUGGACUUAUCUUCGCGCCGAAGGAAAGCCUUACUGGAUCAUAAGAAGCUGUAUGAAUUCUUCAGUGAUACCGAUGAGACUGUAGAUUGGAUCAAAGAGAAGGAGCUUGUUGCAUCAUCGGAGGAUUAUGGCAAGGAUUUAGAGCAUGUAGAGAUCCUGGAAGCUAAAUUCAGUGACUUUACUCGAGACCUUCUUGGCAAUGAGUUCCGGAUCACUGCUGUAGGAUCUAAGAGUCUCCAUCUUGUAGAUGAAGGAAUUGCAGAUGAGAAAGAAAUAUUACAUAAAUGUCAUCAAGUAGAGGAACUGUGGGAACAGCUGAAGGAAGUCACUAAUGUUAGAACAGAGGCUUUAGCAGCAGCUAAACUGAUUCACACAUUUGAUCGUGAUUCUGAGGAGACAAGAAGUUGGAUUCAAGAAAAAGAAACUGCGGCAUCGUCAGAGAAUUACGGUCAUGACUUGGCGAGUGUACAAGCUUUCAUUAGACGCCACAAUGGUCUAGAGAGAGACCUAGCAGCAUUAGAGGAACAAGUUGCAUCCAUCUCCUCAACAGCAUCUCAGCUAGUAGAGCAUUUUCCUCAUACAUUUGAUCAUAUCAGUGCUAAGAAUGAUGCAGUAGUUGAAGCUUGGAAUUCCCUUCUGGAAGAAGCAGCGACGCGGAAAGAUCGUCUUUCCCAAACAGAGAAUUUGCAAACAUACCUGAAGGAUUACAGAGAAAUAAGUGCUUGGAUCAAUGAGAUGAUAGCAUUAGUCAUUACCCAUGAAACUCCUCAUGAUGUUCACAGUGCUGAAUCCUUACUGGCCAGACAUGCUGAACAUAAAGCAGAGAUUGAUGGAAGAGUCGAUGGGCUGGUGCAGUUUACUAAUACUGGCAAACAACUUAUUGAUAAUGGCCAUUUCUUAUCUGAAGAGAUUUCUGACAAGGUCCAGCAGCUUCAUACUUCCUGGGACAGUCUUCAAGGCGAGUGGCAAGAUAAGCAGACAGUGUACGAUACUUACUUAGAUGCUCAGCUAUUCCAGAGAGAUCUACAACAAGCUGAGACCUGGUUGAAUGCUAGAGAUCCAAUACUCAAAGAUCAAUCAUUCCUGGAAGAUACUUUGGACAUUGAAGAAAUGAUCAAGAGACAUGAAGAUUUUGAAAAGACCAUCGCUGCCCAAGAAGAGAAGUUUGCCGCCCUCAAGAGAAAAACAAAGUGUGAAGAGCAGUCUUUUGGGCAUCAGCAGCGUCUUGAUGACAUCUUGAAUGAAGUCCAACAUGAUGGGAUUGAUUUGUCUUCUAUUAAUCAAGAAGACCAAGAUGUGAAUCAAGAAAGAGUUGAUAGUACUUCAUCCCAAGCACUAGGAGAUGAUGAAAGAGCUGCGUUGGUUGCUCAGAUAGAAGAAGAAUUAUUAGAAGACGAGCUACAAGAAGAAGUCAAUGCUGCUUUGCCAAACAAAGACGUUACUCCAGAGGGGACUGGAAAAAGUAAAAUCCAAAAACCCUCCAUCAAACCCAACACCAUUGAGUCUUCAACACCAGUCACUUCUAUCGAUGAUUUGUUUUCUGUUAACGAGGACAAUAAACCAUCUAUGGAGCAAGCUACAAACAAGAAAGAUCCUUCACAAACUCCUACCAGCUUCAACAGCUAUCAACCAGUUUCAUUCCCAUCUCAGAAGACUAGUAGCAAGUCUAAGGAUGCUUCAGUCAGAAUCAGUCCUAAUUCGACCUUGGAUCCAGACGUAAAAUUCAACGUCAAAAACCACGAGAAUCAAUUGAAGGAUGGUGGGGAAAGCUUGAAUCUGAACAUCCAGAAAUCAUCUAGUCCAGAUCGGUACAAACAAACCCAAUCUGAGUCCACAAAGCCGAGCUUAACGACCCAGUCACAUGGACAGAAGACCAAGAUGUCACCAAGAUUAAAAAGUCCACAUGAUAAUGAUUGGAACCCCCAAGACGCUGUGAAUACACAAGGACUAAGGACAAGACGCAGUCCAGGCAUUGAAUCAUUGAUUCUUAACAGCAAUAAUAAUCAUCAAACUGUGGAAUCGUUUAAAGAUCAACCAUCGUCGCUAAUAGAUGGUGAUUGGUCAGUCAAUAAACAAGAUGAUCUGAAUCCAAUCAUUAAUGAUGAUCUAGAUGAUCUGAAUGAUUUAGAUGAUGAUGAUGAUUUAAGUAUCGGCUCGUUGCCAUCGCUACCUGAUGAAUCAAAUCCUUUGAUCGCAACAAGCAAAGAGAAAACUUCACCGAAAAUCACUUCAAACAACGAUGAGUGUGUCGAGACAGAGCCAGAGCCACCAGCGUUGCCAAGUUGUGGUCCUCCUCCAUUAUUUAGUUACAGUGACUCUCCAAGAACUGCAAGCUCCGAACUCCCACACCACCAAGCGACAAAAUCAACAGAAAAGGACUCCUCAUUACCAUGGCAACCAAAUCCAUCUCCUCAUCUCACCCCUCCUAGAAGACGACGUUCUCGCUCAUCCUCCAACGAUCGCAAUAAGAAGGAAACAUCUUUCAACGAUCGCAAUAAGACGGAACCAUCAAGUCCGUCACCAACCAUUUCACAAUCUGCUCCUUCUUCAACAACAUCUCAUGAUAUAACAGCCAUUCCUCCUCAUCCUCUCAGACCAGCUCCAAGAAGUAAAUACUCUGCCCCGCCCCAACAACCAAGACGCCCAGCGCCUCCAUCACCCAUUCUCCUUCCUGAAUCAUCCCCAAGCCAACCUCGUAGGCUUACAUCCCAGUCACCAAGAACUCCGAUAGAUAGAGUAACGGCAACACCACCUCCUCCUAUACAAAUACAAGGCAUUAAAGGAAGCCAGAAAGGACUAAGCAAGUCAGUUCCAGAUUCACCCAAAAUAAAAAGAAAUAAGGGGUUUGGAGGUUUCUUCAAGAAAAAGUAAAUCCAAAUCAACACGGUUGUGUUUAAAGUGUGUGUACAGCAUUGGUUUGAGUGAAAUAUCUAGGAUUUGAACAAAGAAUAAUUGACUAGGGCAAGUCCCCUGGUCAUUGCCUUGGUGCCCUUGAAAUGCUCCAGUAGAAAUUUACAAUUUCCUCAUAGGGUGCCCUUUACCAAGGUGAAAAUGCCUUGGUGCCCUUACCCUUUCAAAAACGAAGCGUACAUGCGUGAAUCAACAAUCAACUCCAAAUAAAACAAGAAGUUGUUAAUACUACAAGCAAUUUUUAACAUCAGUUUCUAAAUAAGAAAUAUUGUUUUGUCUCUAGAUAUUGCUUGUUGAACCUGUCUACCUUAGAGUCAGUCUUGAGACUAAUUGAUGCUACUCAGCUUAGUCUCAGUACUGAAGGAAGCAUCAAUGACCAAGCUCUAUUAACACAUUGCUAUCCACUAAGGAAAUCACUAACAAACACAUCUAGUAUUUACAAUUCUUUAAAUGUAAUCAUAAUAAAUGAAUAAUGAUGACUGGAUUUAGACAUGAGUGUAGCAAAAUAAGCUGAUUAACGUCUUAUGUUGAUUCAAACUUUGGGUAAAUUUAUAGAAGGAAGUGCUGAACUUCCUUGAAGUCCUUGUCUUGCACUCCUGGUGAAAUUUCAUUGACCUGCUCACACGUAACAAUUCUCUACUAAGCAGGGCCCAUUAAGCCUAUUAGCACAACAAAUUUGCUUAGCACACAAAGCUGUUUGCUUAGCAAAAGUAGGUUACCAGGAGAAACAUACCUUUGCUUUGACUGGUACCUCAGUCAUUUGUUGCUUAACCAAGAAAUUUACUAAGCACGAUUUGAUGCUUAACAGCUUUAUGAAGUAAUACUAGAAAUGAGCAUGUGGCAUGGUAGUUUGCCUGGUAAUCUGGCAUUUAGUGCUUAACUAGCUUAAUGAUAUUCUGGUUACAAUUGAUAGAACCUAGAGGUAGGAUUAUAAUGAUGAUUAUUGAUUUGAGUUUUAUUGUUAUAACCAUGAUGGAGCCAAUAUGGCCUUGUCUUAUGCGUACCUAUUAGAGCUUUUAUGCAAAUUACUCAUCUUAUGUAUGCAGUUAAUGCCGUAUCAGCAGGCAGUGGAGUUAUUAAGUCUGUAGUAUACAUUAUGGUAUAAAGACAUGUUUAACAUGAAAGCUUUUAAGAGCUGAGUGCGUGCCUAUACAACUUGAAUAACUAGAUUGUAUUACUAAUAGAGCAAGCAGGCUGUGCUUGCAUUUUACUUCAAUUCCGCUGACUUUUACAGCGCAGGCCGACUUGUUUUUUUUUUAUUUUGAUAUGUUGUUGAGUUAAAGAAAUAUUGUUUUGUUUGCAGCAACCGUCAAAGACAGAAUUCAGUGUAAAAAGUAACUAGGUGCAGAAUUUGUUUUCUGUUUAGUAAAAGAUUGCCUGCCAAAAUGCCAUGGUAAAAUAUACUGUUGACAUGCAGAAAUGUUCUCGUUUGAACUAAUAGAAUGAUUGCACAAGGAAAGAAACACUGAUUUGGUUGUAGUUUCCACUGAGGACCAAGGAAGGUCCGACUUCACAGUACCUCCCAUCCAUUAGUAUAGUACUAUAGAGUUAUCCAUUUAUCGCUGCUUGAAUGGCUAAGGUCAAAUCAGACACUCAUUUUAAACACUCACUCUUCCUGUCUGGCUGAAAUACUUAAAACUUAUCAAUGUGACUUUGUACUAUAUUUAAUUAUCGUAUUAAAUUAUGAUAUUCUUAAAACAUAGUUCUUUUGAUGCCUUAUCGUGAUGUAAUGGUGUGCCUUAUACUUAGAAAUUCCUUUAACAGCACUAAAUAUCAUGACUGAAAAGUAACAAGUGUUUAUUUUAAGUUUAUACUUUCUUAUGUGAAAACAAAGAGACUAAUUAAGUGUUUGAAGUGUCCAAUGCUGUUGCCAACUUCCUGAUUUGGCCUUAAUAUAUAUUGGUUUUAUAGCAUUCCAAAAAGGCUGAUAUUGUAUAUUUUGUUUGCUAUAUCACUGUGUUACAGUUGCUUUGGUACUCAAGAAUGAAGUUAUCAACACAUUAAAGUCACCUGGAAAUAGAAUUUUUAUUUUUUCAAACAUAAAAGUAGAUGUUUAGUAACAAUA